ACCUGAGCUGAAGUCAGAUGCUUAACCCACUGAGAUACCCAUGCGCCCCUCCCCAUCUCAUUUUAACUCUGGGGGAAAUUCUGGUGGGCUUUUUCUAUUUCUACUCACUGAUCUUAUCACCAUAAAAAUGCUAAGUGAUUUAAAGAUUUUCUUUAAAAUCAACUUUGUAGCCAUUCAGUCGGGUUGGUCCCAGUACAUCAGACUUUUUCCCUUCUCGUAUCUUCAACUCAAUUUAGGCAGUGAAGAUCGGGCUCUAAAUUUUUGCGACCCAACCCCCAACCUAAACAUUUCACAGGCUACUGAGCUGCAUAAAGCAGAGACUGCCAAUUUUGGAUUCUGGGAUUCCCAGGACAUCAGGCCAAGCAACUGAGCUGUCCACCCAGGGGUGAAUUCCACAGAUGGUUUCUUUUCUCUCUGGGGUCAGUGCUUUAACAUCUGGGUAGUCAGAUCGUGCAGACAGGGUGACAAGCACAGAAAACAGCUGGGCACGUUGCUCUGAGCCCAGACCCACCGUGACCAGUGGUUCUUAGAAACUGUUUCUGGAAAUGCCAACUCCAACAGGCGUGGAGCAUCUGAGUGCUGAUAAGGCAAGCCCAGUUUAGAACUUUGGGGCCAAGCCUGAGAUUUUGAGAAAUCCUUUUAGUUAAGUUUUGGAUUUAUCCGGGGCAGAGAGGGUGUACAGUAGUAACUUCAUGCAGCUGGGGGGGGGGGGGGGUUGCACUCACAUAUUUCCCAGAUUCUGCACAAACAGGUUUGGAAGAGAAAACUUAGGAAGUCCAAGUUCAGCAUUAAAAUAAGUAACUCGCCACCAAAGAUUCUAAGCCCUUUCCUCUCAGUUCAGUCUUCGGACGCACUUCGCCCUUAGUGCGCCUGCGCCCCCCGCAAACUGCAACCCCGCCUCCUCGUUGGGGACGUAAAACGUGCGCCGAGAGGUGGAACGCGGGCUGAGCAUGCGCCGUCAUUGCAUCAGCCGCCGGGUCCGUGCUGGGUGCUGGAACGCCGGGGAAGGCUGUGUUUUGCUGCUGUGUCUCUUGCUCGCGUCUGGCGCUCUGUCGGAAGACUAGGAAAAGAAGGGCUAGAUGGUUCUAGGCUUCUGCGUAUCAUUCAAUGUGGAUGUGAAAAAUUCAAUGACUUUCAGCGGCCCGGUGGAGGACAUGUUUGGAUAUACUGUUCAACAAUAUGAAAAUGAAGAAGGAAAAUGGGUGCUUAUUGGUUCUCCUUUAGUUGGUCAACCCAAGAACAGAACUGGAGAUGUCUACAAGUGUCCAGUUGGGAGAGGCAAACCCUUACCUUGCAUAAAGUUGGAUCUACCAGUUAAUACAUCAAUUCCCAAUGUCACGGAAGUCAAGGAGAACAUGACAUUUGGAUCAACUUUAGUCACCAACCCAAACGGAGGGUUUCUGGCAUGUGGCCCUUUAUAUGCCUAUAGAUGUGGACAUUUGCAUUACACAACUGGAAUCUGUUCCGAUGUCAGCCCCACAUUUCAAGUCAUGAACUCCAUUGCUCCUGUACGAGAAUGCAGCACCCAACUGGACAUAGUCAUAGUGCUGGAUGGCUCCAACAGUAUUUACCCCUGGGAGAGUGUUACAGCUUUUUUAAAUGACCUUCUUGAAAGAAUGGAUAUUGGUCCUAAACAGACACAGGUUGGAAUUGUACAGUAUGGAGAAAACGUAACCCAUGAGUUCAACCUCAAUAAGUACUCCUCAACGGAAGAGGUACUUGUUGCAGCAAAUAAAAUAAUCCAGAGAGGUGGCCGCCAGACUAUGACAGCCCUUGGAAUAGACACAGCCAGGAAGGAGGCUUUCACUGAAGCUCGGGGUGCCAGAAGGGGAGUUAAAAAAGUCAUGGUAAUUGUGACUGAUGGGGAGUCCCAUGACAACCAUCAACUAAAUAAGGUCAUCCAAGACUGUGAGGAUGAAAACAUUCAGCGGUUUUCCAUAGCUAUUCUUGGGAGCUAUAACAGAGGAAAUUUAAGCACUGAAAAAUUUGUGGAAGAAAUCAAAUCAAUUGCAAGUGAACCCACCGAGAAGCAUUUCUUCAACGUCUCUGAUGAACUGGCUCUAGUUACCAUUGUGGAAGCUCUGGGAGAAAGAAUAUUUGCCUUGGAAGCUACAGCUGACCAGUCAGCAGCUUCAUUUGAAAUGGAAAUGUCUCAGACUGGCUUCAGUGCUCAUUAUUCACAGGACUGGGUCAUGCUUGGAGCAGUAGGAGCCUAUGACUGGAAUGGAACAGUCGUCAUGCAGAAAGCUAAUCAAAUCAUAAUCCCCCAAAAUACGACCUUUAACGUUGAGUCUACCAAAAAGAAUGAGCCUCUUGCUUCUUAUUUAGGUUACACAGUGAACUCCGCAACUGUUUCUGGAGAUGUGCUGUACAUUGCUGGACAGCCAAGGUACAAUCAUACGGGCCAGGUUGUCAUCUACAGGAUGGAAAAUGGAGACAUCAAGAUUCUCCAGACACUCAGUGGAGAACAGAUUGGUUCCUACUUCGGCAGUGUGUUAACGACGGUUGACAUUGAUAAAGAUUCUAAUACGGACAUUCUUCUGGUUGGAGCUCCCAUGUACAUGGGAACAGAGAAAGAGGAACAAGGGAAAGUAUAUGUGUACGCUCUGAAUCAGACAAGGUUUGAAUAUCAAAUGAGCCUGGAGCCCAUUAAGCAGACUUGCUGCUCAUCUCUGAAGCACAAUUCAUGCACAAAAGAAAACAAAAAUGAGCCAUGCGGGGCUCGUUUCGGAACAGCAGUCGUUGCAGUGAGAGACCUCAAUCUUGAUGGGUUCGAUGACAUUGUGAUAGGAGCACCCCUGGAAGAUGAUCAUGGGGGAGCCGUGUACAUUUAUCAUGGGAGUGGCAAAACUAUCAGGAAGGAGUACGCACAACGUAUUCCAUCAGGUGGAGACGGCAAGACACUAAAAUUUUUUGGCCAGUCUAUCCAUGGAGAAAUGGAUUUAAAUGGAGAUGGUCUGACUGAUGUGACUAUUGGAGGCCUUGGUGGUGCUGCCCUCUUCUGGUCUCGAGAUGUGGCUGUAGUUAAAGUGACCAUGAAUUUUGAACCCAAUAAAGUGAAUAUCCAAAAGAAAAACUGCCGUGUGGAAGGAAAGGAAACAGUAUGCAUUAAUGCUACCGUGUGUUUCGAUGUGAAAUUAAAGUCCAAAGAAGACACAAUUUUUGUAGCUGAUAUGCAGUACCGCGUCACACUAGAUUCACUAAGACAGAUAUCACGAAGUUUUUUCUCUGGAACUCAAGAAAGAAAGAUUCAAAGAAACAUCACAGUUGAAGAAAGAGAAUGCACUAAGCUCUCCUUCUACAUGUUGGACAAGCAUGACUUUCGGGACUCUGUAAGGAUAACUUUGGAUUUUAAUCUCACUGAUCCAGAAAAUGGGCCUGUUCUUGAUGAUUCCCUACCAAAUUCAGUACAUGAAUAUAUUCCUUUCGCCAAAGACUGUGGAAACAAGGAUAAAUGUAUCUCGGACCUCGCCCUGAAAGUAUCCACCACAGAAAAGGACCUGCUUAUUGUCAGGUCUCAUAACGAUAAGUUCAAUGUUAGUCUCACAGUCAAAAAUAAAAAGGACAGUGCCUAUAACACCAGAACCAUAGUGCACUAUUCUCCAAAUCUAAUUUUUUCAGGAAUUGAGGCUAUCCAAAAAGACAGUUGUGAAUCCAAUCAUAAUCUCACAUGUAAGGUUGGCUAUCCUUUCCUGAGAAGAGGAGAAGAGGUUACUUUCAAAGUAUUAUUUCAGUUUAACACAUCUUAUCUCAUGGAAAAUGUGAUCAUUCACUUAAGUGCAACAAGUGACAGCGAAGAACCUCCUGAAGCCCUUUCUGAUAAUGAAGUAAACAUUUCUAUCCCAGUAAAAUAUGAAGUUGGACUUCAGUUUUACAGCUCUGCAAGUGAAUACCAUAUUUCAAUUGCGGCCAAUGAGACUGUUCCUGAAGUUAUUAAUUCUACUGAGGACAUUGGAGAUGAAAUUAAUAUCUUCUACUUGAUUAGAAAGAGUGGACAUUUUCCAAUGCCAGAACUUAAGCUGUCGGUUUCAUUUCCCAACUUGACAUCAGAUGGUUAUCCUAUGCUAUACCCAAGUGGAUGGUCGUCUUCUAAUAAUGCGAACUGCAGACCCAGUAGCCUUCAGGACCCUCUUGGCGUCAACUCUGGGAAGAAAACAAUUAUAUCCAAACCUGAAGUUCUCAAAAGAGGCACAAUUCCGGACUGCAGUACGUGUAAAUUUGCUACCAUUACAUGUAAUUUGAUUCCUUCUGACAUGACCCAAGUGAAUGUUUCACUUAUCGUAUGGAAACCAACUUUUAUAAAAACACGUUUUUCUAGCUUAAAUCUUACUGUAAGGGCAGACCUUCAGAGUGAAAAUACAUCACUGAUUUUAAGUACUGGCAAUCAAAAAAGAGAGUUCGGUAUUCAAAUAUCCAAAGAUGGACUGCCGGGCAGGGUGCCGUUAUGGGUCAUCCUGUUGAGUGCUUUUGCUGGACUAUUGCUAUUAAUGCUGCUCAUAUUAGCCCUGUGGAAGAUUGGAUUCUUCAAAAGACCACUAAAGAAGAAAAUGGAGAAAUGACGUAUUUUACAGGAGAAAAAAAUAAGAGUUAUUCAAUUAUCUAUCCUCAGGUUUGCCUCAAAUAUGUGACAAGAAAUUUAAGACAUAGUCACAUAACUUUAUGUACUCCAUCAGGGAUUAAUCACUUGGAAAAUGACAAAUCAAGGAAGAUCCAAAAACAAUACCAUAAAGAUAUAUUUUAUAAAAUGAUGAAAAAUAUUUUUAAAUAAUUACUCUUUGUGUUAUUUAAGUAAAAUUACAAAGUGUCUUGAAGAUGAAGAAUAACUUGUACAAAUAUGUUUAUAUAUUAAAUCAGCAUCCAGAGUAUUUAAAGAAAUGCAUAAAAAGAUUUUUAUGAUCAUUGAUAAAUUAAGCUUUUUCCAUUGAUUCCUGAUGGAUAUCCACGUUCAGCAUGAUAGUCAACAUUUGUAAAUGACAAGAGAGGAAUUAACCGAAAAAGAUCACUUCUCUCUGUUCAAAUGAGACAAUUUUCCUCGAGAGAGUAUAUAUAAAAUAUGGACUGAAAAUAGAAUUAAGUCAUACAGAAUACAUUCAACAUCUUUGUGUUGGGUUCUGUACUUGGAAAGCUUUUUGUUUGUUUGUUUGCUUGUUUGUUUUUCUCCCAAAGUGUUUGGAAACAAUUGAGCUGAUGGAAAAUGGAGAUAGACUUGUUUAAAGGCAGCUCACUGAAUGGAUUAAGCUUUCACAGAACAUGCUUAAUUUUGACAGGAGCCCUAAAACUCAAAACUUUCAUGCUGAAAACAGCACUUCACAGCAGUUUUGUGGGGCGUAACAGUGAUUUGUAAUGAAAAGCCCUCUUGUGUGUGGGAUAUGCUGAGAUGGUUUCUGAAUGGAACGUGACAGCAGAUGCCACAGAAACGCCCACCUCAUCUUUGCUGGGCAGCUUUUGAACAUUAGGGGUCCAGGAUGUAACCAGAAGUAGGAGUUUUCUCAACUCCUUGGCAAGUGGUUCACUGAAACCCUCAAGCUGUGAGAGUAUGUUUAUUUUUAAUUUUUUAAAGGUAUUUAAUUUUCCAAACACAUUUCUUAUUUUUAUGAAAGGCAGCAUUCUAUUACAGUAUUGCAUUUUUACCAAUAAGCCACUGUUUUUUUAGUGUGGCAUGUCAAUAUUUAAAUAGAACUCCAGAAGUGUAUUUUAAAGAAUCUUAGGUUUGAAACCUUGCACCAAGAGAAAGCUACCACACCUCUGUAUGAGCUUCUUUGCUCCUGAAGUAAUCAUUAUGGUGCAUCGGACUCUACUGAAGCACAAGCUCGUAGGUUGCUCCGUUUCUUAGGAAAGUAACAAUGGAUGAAUGUAUCACAGCCGCAUGUGUGAACUACUGCUGAAAAAUUUGCUGAUAUUCCUGCAACAACUCCAUCUCUCCACCUGGCUGACCAUCACAAGACCAGCACCUGCCCAGCACCUUACACAGAAAGUCCUAGACUCUACUUUUCUCCAAAGCAUCAAAUCAAGGGAGAAAUUAAAUGCCAUAAGUUUCAUUUUUUAAACUAAUUUCCAAGGAAUUCUCUAAGGACUCAGAGUCCGCUCCCUUGUGCCUGUCUGCAUCUACGUCUAAGAUCCUGAUGACCAAAAUCAUGCACCUGGGGAGUGCCCUGGUCAUCAAUACUAGAAGAAAGGCUCAGUGCUUCCAGAGAUGUGAUAUCCUCUUGCCGGUCAUUGUUCUGAAAUGUCCACUUCGGGAAUCUCUUUCAUUCCCACAGCCUAUCUCCAGAUCUGGAAAUCAUUCUUCCUACCCUGUUCUUUCCUUGCCCGACAGAACUCAGGUCUCUCUUACUCUGAGCCACCACAUUGCACAGCCUAUUGGCAGCUCAGCUCCAAAAUCAGCACAUUCUUAGAAUAAAUCAAACAGGUAAACUUAAAUUCACAAUUGGCCUCUAGGACUGUCAAGCAUCCUGUUUCAGUGAAUGUGCACAUUUCAACCAAAUACGAUGUUACAGGAAUGUGCACAUUUCAACCAAAUACGAUGGUAACCCGGAAGGGAAAGAUGGAAACAAUGGCAUUUCGAACUUGUUAGAAAAGAGAGGAGGAACCACUGGGACAGAUCAAAUAGCUACGUAUAAGCCUGGCACAGUUUUUAACGGAAGUCGGUCCCAGUUUUCAAACAACGUUUAAUGAACCAGAUAUCCCUUUUCCCUAGUACUAUUAUUUGUUGGGCUUUAUGUGUGUAUGUGUGUCAGCAUCUGUAUGUGUAAUGUGUAAACACACAUGUACACACACACACACACACACGAAUGGACAUAAAUCAAAUACAAAAUACCUCGGUCAUAUCAAAUGGCCGGGUUUGACAAAAUGACAAAAAAAUAAACACAAAAGCUACACCAAGAAAAGUUUGAUUCAUUCAUUUUCAUUAAUUCAUUCAUUCAUUUUCAUUAAUAUUUAACUUUAGUGCACAGUUCUGCAACAAAAGAAGUAAACGUGGAAGUUUUGACUAAAAUAAUAAAUCAACAGUACGAGUGUUCUAAAACAUAGUUAGUGAUUAAGAAAUAUACCAAACUCUAAUCAUUUUAUUUUAAAGCACUUAAUAAGAGAAGUGAGUGCUAUUUAGGACUAUGAGUUUAUGCCAAAACCUUUUUUUUGCAUUGGUAUUUUAUAAAAUUGAUUAUUUCUUCCAUUGUGAACUAAAAUAUGUAUGAAGUCUCUUUUCGGAACUUAGAAUGGUAUAUUGGUAAAUUAUUCAACAACUAGCUCUCCAGGAGGAAAGAAAAUCCCUGAUUUGUAUAAUUUUCCAAUUUCCAUGAUUUAAAUAGUCUUGCCAUGGCCAUUUUCAAGCUACCAAUAUAACCCUAACCAGCUUGCAAAACCCCUGAAAAUUGAUCUGUCAGCUCCCACGAACCAGUAUAAGCUGGCUUCAGCACACCAUUGAAAUAGAUUAGAUGACAAUAAUAGAUGAUAGAUAAACAGAUAGGUAGAUACAGAAAUACAGUGAUAUAGAGAUAUAGAGAUAUAACAUGUUAGGUAUAUAUAAUGCAUAACUACACACAAUAUAAUCAUCUUUCAAAUUAUGCUUUAAAUGCUCAUCUCAAGCCCAGCAGACAUAAUUCUAUCCCUCAUUCUUCAAUUUCAAUUUCUAGAAUUAUAGCCUUCCUUUAAUCUUAAUAAAAUGAUAAAAAAAAAAACUUUCAGGAGAAGCAAGGAGUUGAAAGCAAGAAAAUAUAAAGGGUGACACCAUGAAAAUCAGACUUUGACAGCCACAAAGAAAUUUUUACUUUCUCUAGGAAUUUAGAGUCCUGAAACAAUACUGUGAAGGUUCAUCCUUUGCAAAUAUUUAUAAUUUCUGUGAUCUAAUUUGAAAUUCAGUGGUUCCAUUUAUUCAGUUAUUUUCUCUGAGCCUUAAAGUCAUAGGCAAUUUAAUCUCUAAAUAUUUCCAUGUCAUCAGUAUGCUUGAAAUGAGGCUUGUAGGGGAAGAUGUCUUUGCAAAAUUUGAUGCUUCCUCAACCAUAAUAAAUGUACCUACACAAGCAAAUACCUGUAAAUACCUAUAGAUAUGUAUAUUCUCUUUUCCUUUUACAAAACCAAUAUCUAGACUCAAUUGGAAAACAAAUAUCUGCUCCAAAAGCAAAUGUGGUUGCACAAUAUUUGACCAAAGCUGGGUUGUGGCUGUCGUGGGAAGCUGUGCUCACAUUCUCCCCAGGCAGCCCCUGCAAGGGCCUUAUAAGGGGAACAGCCACCCCUCCAGCUCCCGGCAGCGCACUUUCAUAGAAGAUGUCUUUGUCAAACAUGUGGUAAUCUGCUCCAUGAAAAUGAACUGUCUUCCUUGGCACAACACAGAGAAAACUAGGGAAGACCCAGGCUCCAAGCAUGAUUCAUGUGCUUGGUGCGGUCACGUUAUUGUUAACUAAAGAGGCUUCGGGCAGCUCCUUUUUUUUUUUUUUAACAAAAUAAUAUCCUUUGCAUCCUUCAUUUAGUUUCAGCGCUUCUCAAGACCCCCCACCCCACCACCAAGGGAGAUUUUCCAGAAGACUAUUGGAGAAAAACCCGUUUACAUGUCCUCUCUGUUUGCUGUGAAUACCAGCUUCAGUGAACUGAUCCUUUAUACAGAAUUUCAGGCCUCAGGUCUUCUGUGACACUAUAAAGGCAUGACAUGAUAUAGGCAUAAUGUAACAGGGACAAAAUGUCUUGUACUUCAGAGAAGGAAUAUCUUUAAAUUUGCCAACCUUUGUGGGAUACUGUCAGCAUCUAUGCCAAGAGUUGAAGGAAGGGUUUGUAGGAUGUAGCCAGCAGCACCCCGCAAUCUCCAUCCUCACCCAUGGACACAAUAAUCCAAAAAAUUAAAGGAGGGCUCUAAAAUCUUCAGACUGAAGCUGUUUUUUAACGUGAUUUAACUGUAAACAGCAGAUUUUUUUAAUGCAAACAUAGCUUCAAGACGAGUCCACUCGGCAACCCCUUUCAUACCAAACUGCUGUCCCUAAACCUCUCCUGCACAGGACUUCUGAUGUUAACUCUGCCGUGCAUUACAAAAGGGCUCAAUUCUUCUGUUUCCCAAAUGGAAGCGCUAUUGUGCAGUAUCUUAUGUAAAACAAUAAAAAUAGAGCUAACACCUAACAUUGUGAUCUGGUG